AUGGGAUUCGUCGGAGAUGAUUUAACUGGCGAAUGGCGCAGCGCAUAUGGCAGUGCAACUGAGGUUAUGCAUAUUUCGGUUACGACCUGUUCGAAAUACGAAAAGAUGGCGAAUACUGAGAAAAUAUCGGGCUACAAGAACUUUACUUGCGUUGUAACAGGCCCAUACAGAGAAUAUUUGAAAGGGGAAUUUAUCUUGCAGUUCGAGUCGGAUGAAGCAGACGUUAUCACUUUAACAAAAGAUGACUUGCAAAAGCGAAACACAGGAACCGGUUACGACCUCACUAACAUAAAACUUACAUUCCCAAGUGCUACACGUUAA